CUGAGGAACUUAAAAAGAAAUAUAUAUAUAUAUAUAUAUAUAUAUAUAUUCAGAAAAACAAAAAAUACAUAUAAAAAGAUCUUGCCAAAGUCAUCAGCCCGAAUUACCCCUCUCGACACUCUCCUCUUUCCCUCUCUCUCCGAUGGCAUAACUAUUCAAGAGACUCAAAUCCGAUUCCGACUAGUCCAAAUACUCGAAAACUUAUUAUUCUUCACAUCGUCAUCAACGAAGAUGGAGAAUUACUCGUAUUCAUCGUACCCCGAUUCGGGCAACUCCUCCCCUCGGUCCCGGGAGAUCGAGUACGAGAACCCGCCCUGGGACGACCAGCAGCAGCAGAACUACAAGGCCAAGUUCAUGUGCAGCUACGGGGGCAAGAUCCACCCCCGGCCCCAUGACAACCAGCUCUCCUACAUCGGCGGCGAGACCAAGAUCUUCGCCGUCGAGCGCAACGUCAAGUUCUCCACCAUGAUCGCCAAGCUGGCCUCCCUGUGCGGCGAACCAGACGUGACCUUCAAGUACCAGCUCCCCGGGGAGGAGCUCGAUGCCUUGAUCUCCGUCACGAAUGAUGACGACCUCGACCACAUGAUGCAUGAGUACGAACGGCUCUUCCGGUCACCCGGCAAGCCCGCGAGGAUGCGGCUCUUCAUCUUCCCUGCUAGCCCGAACACUAGUACGGGCAGUUUCGGGCCAGGCCACCCCAUCGGAUCGGAACGUGACAGGUUUGUCGAGGCGCUCAACUCGGUCCCUGCCCCGGAGCCCCCGAAGCCCGCGUCUGGCAACGUCGAUUAUCUCUUUGGGCUGGAGAAGGGGGUGUCACCUCCUCCGCCGCCGCCGCCAGCAGUGGUGCCUGAUCCCGUUGGGCCGGCAGCGGUGGCACGUGAGCCUCAUGUCGGGCUUGGCCGGGACGAUCGGGUUUUCGGGUCAGAUCAAGGGGUGAGCCCUGCCGAGAUACAGAGGCAGCUGCAGGAACUGCAGAGGAUGCAGAUCGGUGGGCAUGGACAGGAAGCUAUGUACAGAAGAAAGAGCGAAGAAGCUGCUGCGAUGGGAGGCUUCAGCGGUGGGCCUGAAUAUUAUGUCCAGAAGAUGCCUGAGAAAUCGAACCCGGUCACGAUGCCAUCAAGUGUUCCGGUCAGUGCCCCGGCAGGUUACUGGCCAGAUAAGCAGAUUCCUGGUGGUGCCUUCCCAGGGGCUAUGACGGGUCCACCUUCAGGGCAUCCCGAACAGCCUGUGUAUGUAAUUCCUGGCCACAGCGGGUUAUACCAUGCCCCGCAGAUGGGCCGACCCAUCACAGGUCAACCCAGUCAUGGGUACUAUGCAGUCCAGCAAAGGGUGGGGCCUGAUACUUACAGGGAUCAGCCCAUGUUCAGUGUCGCCCCGCCGCAACCAACACAGCAGCCACAGCUUUCCAUGGGGGCACCGGCGACCAUGCCGCCCCAGCAGCAGCUGCAGAAGGUCGCAGCAGCAGGAAGCACGGAAGGGAUCCUGACGGGCCGGCCAGGCAGCGGAGUGGCAGAACAUCACGUGACCUAUGCCCAAGUGGGAUAUGACGGAGCGACGGGGCGGCAAGUUUUUUACACGGCUGCAGGCGGGGUGGUGGCAGCACCACCACCACCACAGUACCAAGGCAUGGCGGCAGCAACAGCGGACAUGAGAACGGCGGGUCAGGUGAUGGGUCAGGACGGCAAGAAGGUUAGGUUCUGCUCCACCUAGCGAGACUGGUAUUUAUAUACACUUUUUCUAUGGAAUACUCGGUGGUCAAGUUAAGUCGAUGAUCAAGUGAAGAGCAUGGUUUGGUGUCGGCGAAUAAGCUGAGAAUGUCUCGUGACUUCACUUGAAAACAAUUACUUGGAUGCCCCGGAAGUGAACAGCAAGGAAGUGGGAAUCCAACAUCUGUGUGGGACAUUCGUUAACUAUUUCCUUUUGAUGCCCUAUUUUAUAUUUGCAGGCAUUUUAAAAGGAGUCAAUGUUAAUGCUUGUAGACAUAACCUACUAAUAGCAAUAUUGUAUGUGUAUAUAUAUAUAUGGUGGGGUGGGGGGGAUGGUGGCAUUGCGAUGAUCACUUGAUAGUCAAGCAACUCAUGUCCCACUCCCACUAAUUUCUCUCUCACUAUUUCAAUUCCUUGACAAAAUCACGAGUUGUUGUUCUUUCUUUUUCCUCAAA